UUACUUGUCACAGUGGGAAUGGCUGCAGCUGCCUCUGCUCGGUCGAUCUAUCAGCGAAUUUUUUCAGGGAUACAGCCCACUGGUAUUCCUCACUUGGGUAACUAUCUUGGGGCUAUCAGAAACUGGGUUGAUCUUCAAUCGAAAUCAGACCAAAUUCUUUACUGUGUCGUUGAUCUCCACUCUCUUACGGUUUAUCGACGUGCGGAAACCGUCAAGCAGAACGUUAGAGACAUGGUUAUAUCCUUGAUGGCAUGUGGAGUUGACCCGGACAAGAGCAUUUUAUUUCAACAGUCUAAAGUAUCACAGCAUGCUGAGUUGGCUUGGAUCUUGGGAUGUAAGACACCAGUUGGAAUUCUCAAUAGGAUGACACAGUGGAAGGCUAAAAAGACUGAAAUUGGCGGUGGCAUGGAGCAUCUUGGAUUGCUGUCAUAUCCUAUUUUAAUGGCUGCAGAUAUUCUUCUUUACAGGGCUUCUCACGUACCAGUUGGUGACGAUCAACUCCAACACUUAGAAUUAGCUCGUCACAUUGCAAGAACUUUCAACGGUAUGUACAACACAAACAUCUUCCCUGAACCAGAACCCAUACUUGGUGAUGUCACACGUGUUAUGAGUUUUCGAGAUCCCAUACGAAAGAUGAGCAAAUCAGAUCAAUCAGCAAACUCUCGAAUCAAUUUGACUGACACUGAUGACCUCAUCUCCAAGAAAAUCAGGCUUGCUGUGACAGAUACAAUCAGCUCAGUGACCUUUGAUUUAGACAAACGACCAGGCGUAUCUAAUCUAGUACUGAUGUAUGCAGCAUUGACCCAUCAAACACCUAAUGACGUUAUUCAACAGAUGAUGGGUAAGGAUACCAGUCAACUAAAGGCUGAACUUAUUGAGUGUACUGUAUCAACUCUAAGACCAAUUCGUAAAAAGAUAACUGAACUUCAAAGAGAGGAAGCAUUUAUUGUUCAGAAAAUCAAUGAGGGAUGUCGUAAGGCUACAGACUUGGCUAGCCAACAUUUUUGUGAUAUAAAGUCUUUGAUCGGGAUAUAAAAAUGUAACAUUGUGAAUCUGUAUGUGUUGUAUGCUUUUUUGUAUUAACAAUGAUGGUUAGUUUAUUGUAUCUACCUAUUUGCUAUGAGUUCAGAUGCAGAUAUCGCUAAGGACUGAAAAGACCAUCAAGCAUUGAAUAUACAUAGUGACCCCUAUUAUUGGUUUUCAAAGAGUAACCACUUUCUUCUUGGAAAUCAGCAGUCAAUUUCUUAUACAGUGGAAAA